UGACGCCAUGCGUACGGUCGCGCUCUAACGACGGAAACUCCAAGUUAAGGGGUUUUGCAGCCGACGGUUGUUGAAUUUUGUUUCUACGAUUAAAAGAAAUAGAUAACAGGUCGCUCUGCUGCGCGUAUUCGCCAUGAACUGGAAUAAAGGCGGUCCGGGAGCGAAGAGGGGCUUCGGCUUCGGAGGCUUCAGCCUGGCGCCUGGGAAGAAGGAGGAGCCCCGGCUGGCGCGGCCCUCGCACUCGUCCUUCGGAGCGCCGGGAUCCGCCGCGGGCUACGGCAAGAACCAGCAGCUGCCCGCUUUUUACAAGAUCGGCACCAAGAGGUCCAACUUCGACGAGGAGAACGCGUACUUUGAAGACGAGGAGGAAGAGUCCGGCAGCGCAGAUCUGCCCUACAUCCCUGCGGAGAACUCCCCAACACGGAAAAAGUUCCAGUCUCAAGGUGGCGACUCAGACAGCGAGGAAGACCCCCUGGAUGCCUUCAUGGCUGAAGUGGAGGACCAAGCAUCAAAAGAUUUAAAAAAACUGGAAGACAAGGAGAAAGAAAAGAAAUCUGACAAGGGUAUACGUGAUGACAUUGAGGAAGAAGAUGACCAAGAGGCCUACUUCCGGUUCAUGGCAGAAAACCCCACUGCGGGGCUGACUCAGGAGGAGGAGGAAGACAACGUGGACUAUGACAGCGAUGGGAACCCAAUUCCCUCCGCUACUAAGAAGAUCAUCAUGCCCCUGCCGCCCAUCGACCACUCGGAGAUUGACUACCCGCCCUUUGAGAAGAACUUCUACAAUGAACACGAGGAGCUCAAUAGCCUGACGGGGUCCCAAGUGGUGGAGCUACGCCAGAAGCUGAACCUGCGGGUGUCCGGAGCUGCGCCUCCUAAGCCCUGCACCAGUUUUGCCCAUUUUGGCUUUGACGAGCAGUUGAUGCACCAGAUCCGCAAGUCAGAGUACACACAGCCCACUCCCAUCCAGUGCCAGGGGGUGCCCAUUGCCCUGAGCGGCCGGGACAUGAUCGGCAUCGCCAAGACCGGCAGCGGGAAGACAGCCGCCUUCAUCUGGCCCAUGCUAGUGCACAUCAUGGACCAGAAGGAGCUGCAGACCGGCGAUGGCCCCAUCGCUGUCAUCGUGUGCCCUACCAGGGAGCUCUGUCAGCAGAUCCACGCGGAGUGCAAACGAUUCGGGAAAGCCUACAACCUGCGCUCGGUGGCCGUUUACGGUGGCGGCAGCAUGUGGGAGCAGGCCAAGGCGCUGCAGGAGGGCGCCGAGAUCGUCGUGUGCACCCCGGGCCGUCUUAUUGACCACGUGAAGAAGAAGGCCACGAGUCUUCAGAGGGUGACUUACCUGGUGUUUGAUGAGGCAGACCGCAUGUUUGACAUGGGCUUUGAGUACCAGGUGAGGUCCAUCGCCAGUCACGUGCGCCCUGACAGGCAGACUCUCCUCUUCAGCGCUACGUUCCGCAAAAAAAUCGAAAGGCUGGCGCGAGACAUCCUGGUGGACCCGAUCCGCGUGGUGCAGGGAGACAUCGGGGAGGCCAACGAAGAUGUGACACAGAUUGUGGAGGUGCUCCCCAGCGCGCUGGACAAGUGGGGCUGGCUGACGCGCCGCUUGGUGGAGUUCACCUCAUCCGGCUCGGUGCUCAUCUUCGUCACCAAGAAGGCCAACUGCGAGGAGCUGGCCACCAACCUGAACCAGGAGGGCUACAGCCUGGGCCUGCUGCAUGGCGACAUGGACCAGAGCGAGAGGAACAAGGUCAUCGGGGACUUCAAGAAGAAGAGCCUGCCCGUGCUGGUGGCCACUGAUGUUGCUGCCCGAGGUCUGGACAUCCCAUCCAUUCGUACGGUGGUCAAUUACGACGUGGCGCGAGACAUCGACACACACACUCACCGCAUCGGCCGCACGGGCCGCGCUGGAGAGAAGGGCAUCGCUUACACGCUGCUCACUAACAAGGACACGUCGUUCGCCGGAGACCUCGUGCGCAACCUGGAAGGCGCCAAUCAGAACGUCCCCAAAGAGCUGAUGGACCUCGCAAUGCAGAACCCCUGGUUCAGGAAGUCCCGCUUCAAGGGCGGCAAAGGGAAGAAGCUGAACAUCGGCGGCGGCGGUCUGGGCUACAGAGAGCGGCCUGGACUUGGGGCAGAGCCCUCGGAGCGCAGCAGUGCUGGCGGCAGUAACAUCUCCCUCAGCAACUACGAGGCCUACAAGCCCUCCUCCGGAGCAAUGGGUGACCGGAUGUCGGCAAUGAAACAGGCCUUCCAGGCUCAGUACAAGAACCACUUUGUGGCUGCGUCCGGUAACCCUCCCAAGCUGAGCAGCAGCAACUCGAGCAGUUCCUCUGGUUGGACCAGUGCUGGCAGCCUCAGCUCGGUGCCCUCGGGGGACCCCCAAGAAGGGGGGCGGUCCCGGGCAAGCCCCUCCCUUGGCUUGCUAGCUCCAACCCCACCUCUGAGCUCAGGGACCAAAGUGGCAGGGUUCACUAGCGCGGGGUCCCUCAGCUCCCUGCCCGACACUCAGUCCAGCCCGUCCCAGCGCUUCCCGGACCCCAGAGACUCAGCUGGGGAGGGGCACUACCGCGACAGGCAAGGUGGCGGGCGCGAGCGCUACGACGAGCGGGACCGCCACAGCGAUCGCUACGGGGACCGGGAUCGAGAUCGCUACAGCAGCUGGCGUCAAGGGGACAGCAGGAAUGGGCAGGGCAGGGGCGAGCGGGACGAGUGGAGGAGUGAGCGCGACCGCGACCGCGAGCGCGACCGUGACCGCGAGCGCGACGUUGCGGAGAAGACAGGCGGCGAGGGCAGAGGCGAGAGGGCCGAAAACAGCUUUGCUGUUCCCGACCCCCCGAAGCGCAAGAAGAGCCGCUGGGACAACUGAAGGAGCGCUACGCAGGCAACGUGAAUGGGUCGCCGGCGAACAUGUCUUCAAGAGCAUAUUCAUACGUGAUGGAACGCUUUUGUUUUACUUCGGCCUUUUACAGCUAAAACAUAGGCAGCAUGCGCUCGUAACGAAAUGAUGUUCGGCCGUAGGCUGCCCCCCCGGUGGCACACAGUGUCUCCUCCUUUUCCCAUCAGGCCCUCAUCGAUUUCUCGCUCCACUCUGGGUGUUUUGUUUUGUUCCUGCAGACCACACUGAGCAGUGAAACAGUGUACGAGAUGCGAAUUUAUCGACGCAGCGUUUUUAAGUGUUAACUGACUGGUGUGUGUUGCUGAUAACGCAGGCUGCAGAGAAUUGGUACUUGAGGUGCACUACUGUUUAACACUGUUCUUGCACAGUUUUUUUUUUUUUUUUUUUUUUUUUU